GACCGCUGUUUCUACUUUCUGCAAUCUGUUCAUUGUUCACGCCUGUCUUCACGUCAGUAAAACAGAAACGUUGUUAGGGUGUAGACGUUUUUUGUUUCGUCCUUUACAAAACAAUAAGCAAAAUCUGGUAUCCAGUGUGUAACUUCGUUAGAUUUCUUGUGUUUUUGUACUGUGUUGGUGAUUUAUCAUCGCAUAUUGUGGAUUAAAUUUUUUUGUAAGAAUUACCAGGAUGAUCUGGCAGCGAUGACGUCAGACAAGAAGAUGGAGUCGAAAGGCACCCAGAUCCACUUGCCGCUGAUCAGCCGCGGUAGCCGCGGAGAGAUUAGCGACAAAGUCACUUUCUCACAGGUGAAGUCGCCGCCGGAACAGCUCAAUAAUGGACAAGUUUUGGGUGAUUCCAGGGGCUCACAAAUUAACUUGUGCAACGGUGGAGCUGGAGCCAUGGCUCUGGUCCCGAAGAUUCCCAACGGUUCUGCGUGCCAGAAGAAACCAAUGGCCACCCUCACACAUCUGCCCAAGCGACCGCCUGUGGACAUAGAAUUCUCAGAUCUCUCUUACUCAGUUAGUGAAGGAAGAAAGCGAGGGUAUAAAACUCUACUGAAGUGCAUCAAUGGUACAUUCAGGUCCAGUGAAUUGACAGCUAUUAUGGGACCAUCUGGUGCCGGGAAAAGUACCCUCAUGAAUAUCCUUGCUGGAUACAAAACCUCAAACGUGAGUGGCUCAAUUCUAAUCAACGGCAAAGAAAGGAAUCUCCGACGCUUCAGGAAGUUAUCCUGCUACAUCAUGCAGGAUGACUGUCUUCUGCCCCAUUUAACAGUCCGAGAAGCAAUGACGGUGUCCGCUAACCUCAAACUCGGCAAAGACAUGACUGUCAACGACAAGAAGAUUGUCAUAGACGAAAUCCUUGUUAUGUUAAGUCUAAAAGAAGCGGAGGAUACGCGAACAAUAAAUCUGUCUGGCGGUCAGAGGAAGCGGCUUUCCAUCGCUUUGGAGUUGGUUAAUAAUCCUCCAGUGAUGUUCUUUGAUGAGCCAACGUCGGGGUUGGACAGUUCCUCUUGUUUCCAAUGUAUAUCGUUGUUAAAGUCUCUAGCUAGAGGUGGAAGAACCAUCAUAUGUACGAUACAUCAACCCUCUGCGAGGCUGUUUGAGAUGUUUGACAAUUUGUACACGUUGGCGGAAGGACAGUGUAUAUAUCAGGGUUCUGUUAAGGAUCUAGUUCCUUUCAUGUCGACGAUGGGCCUGCAUUGUCCCAGUUACCACAAUCCAGCUGAUUACGUAAUGGAAGUGGCGACGGGUGAACACGGCGAGUGGGUUCAUAAGCUGGUGCUAGCCGUGAAGAAGCCUGAACGGCCUCACGCCUCUGCCUCUGCCUCCAAUUGUGUCUACAACAACCUCGCUAAGAACAACAUUCAGAAGGAGGCAUUGGAGAUUGUUAUCGACAAGCCCACCUGCACAGUGCUAGAUCUCUCAAGCUCGGAACCAGCUUCCGAGAAACCACCGAUCCCAAACUCGAACAACCUUGCGCCAGUCACCUGUACCACGUCUCUUCUCGAUUCCAACGAGAGCUUCAACAAGAAACCUCAACACACCGGCUUUCCAACCUCGGGGUGGAAGCAAUUUUGGAUCUUAUUGAAGCGGACCUUCAAGAGCAUUAUAAGAGAUCCAACACUCACACAUUUAAGGCUAAUUUCGCAUACAGUCGUCGGGUUGCUUAUUGGAAUGCUGUAUUAUGAUAUUGGAAUGGAUGCUGCGAAUGUUCAGAGCAAUGCUGGUUGUAUUUUCUUCACUGUGAUGUUCACAAUGUUUACUGCUAUGAUGCCUACUAUUUUAACAUUCCCAAUGGAGAUGAGUGUGUUUGUGAGAGAGCACCUGAAUUACUGGUAUUCACUCAAAGCGUUCUACUUCGCUAAGACGAUAGCGGACUUGCCUUUUCAGAUCGUAUUUAGCGGCGUCUACGUAAUAAUCGUGUACUUUAUGACGAGUCAGCCGAUGGAGUUGGAUCGAAUAUUAAAGUUCGCGGCCGUUAAUAUCCUCACGGCGCUGGUCGCCCAGUCCCUAGGCCUUCUCAUCGGAGCCGCUAUGAAGAUUGAAACGGGGGUCUAUCUCGGGCCCGUGACUACAAUCCCAGUGGUCCUAUUCUCAGGUUUCUUUAUAAAUUUCGACGCCGUUCCCGAAUACUUAUCUUGGCUCACAUAUGUCAGUUACAUUCGAUACGGAUUCGAAGGUGCCAUGCUAUCCGUAUAUGGCUACGACAGAGAAAAACUCAAAUGCUCCAUCGACUUCUGCCAUUACCGAAAGCCGAGCCAAUUCCUCAAAUAUAUGAGCAUGAAUGACGCAAAUUUCUGGGUAGACAUCGGUGCUCUCACCGUGUUCUUUAUCGGUAUUAGAAUAAUCUCCUAUCUAGUUCUAAGAUUCAAGUUAAAAAUGAUGCAGUAGAGCACAAACCGCUUUGUAUUUACGGUGAUAAUUCUUUCCAUUUUAUCGAGUUAGCAACACUGCCGUGUCAGUUGAAACUGACAAUUGUCAUCUGACAGAUGACAUGUCGGCUGACAGCUGUCAGUUUUAUUGUUUACGCCGGCGCAAUUAGUGGUCGACGUAGGUUUAUAUGUAGUUUUCGAAAUAAUUAGCUUUAUAGUAUGCAGUUCGACUUAGUCGAUGGUUUAUAAGUAAUUAGGUUAAGAUUUUAUAGAUGAUCGGGCCCAUGACUUAAUUUUAAGUUAAAUAUUGAUAUUAUGUUCAUGUAAUCAUUGCAUUCGUAGAUGUUUACGUACGUUUAACGGUAUUUUUGUCUCAGUCUGUCAAAAUCACAUUAUUGUAUGAAUUUAUAUUAACACAUUGAGCUAUAUUUUUUUCAUUCAGCUUCAUAAAUAUACUUUACUAUUUCAUAUUACUUUAACAUAAUACAAUAGGUAUUUUGCAAAUCAAUAGUAUUAAUCCUUUAAAGUUCGUUGCCAUUGAAGGUCACGCUCGGUCAUGUGACCAGUGACCAGUUCGUAACAAUGCCAUUGAGUACACGUACGUACGUAUAUGUUUCGUCUCUUUCACCUUAGAGUAGAUAAGAUGUGAUGAAAGAUUUAUUAGGCUAAGAUGUGCAAAUCCGGUAACAAUUGGCCUUGUAUUUUUUGUAUGGGCUUUAGAAUAAACAAUAGAAACCAAUUCUCUAUGAAAUUUUAGUCUGUUACAAUACGAAUUGCGUUUCCAUAUUUCUUAGUUCUCGUCAUUAGAAGAUUUUUAUUAGUCUGCACUUGUAUUAGAUCUUUCACUCAAUUUUUAUAUGAGUAGGAACUAGACAGAAACUAUAAGAGAAAUUAAUCCUUUCUAGACAUCUUUUAAGUCACAUUAGUGCUUUAAUGUGUUAAACUUUUGUUAGCCUUGUGUGAUAAACAACCUAAUAUUUGUUUGCAUUUGUUUUAGUAUGUACUACAUUUGUUGUAAUUCAUCACAACCGUCACAAAAUAUCUUAGAAGUUCCCUAUUGGGAUUAUAUUUCUCGUAUUAAGACCAGGGCUUAAGACAAAAUCACUUCUCGAUGGCCGUUACCCACUAACUAACGCUAAACGAAUUUGUAUGGGAAAGACUAGCUCACGCUUUGUCACGUGACCAUUUUUAUG